AUGUUCCACGGACAGAACUUGCCGUGGCGGGCGGCCCUUCGUCAGGCUUCACGAUCGAAUGCGAGGACUAUCACCACUAGAGCCUCGUCGCGCCAUCUCCCCGCACAAUGCACGGCAUCGCUGGUUGCACGGCAACAUCACCGAUGUUCCUCGCCGCCCGCGGCGCUCUUCGCAUACCGCAGCUUCUCCACAACGUUGGGUAGACGGAAGGAAGAUGAUACAAAGGCGCCACCAGAGCCGCUGGAGGAGGCCAAGGAGGAAGAAACAGAAGAGUCCAAGAAGCUGAAGGAGCAGAAAAGAGCAGAAGAGCUCGAGGGCAAGAGCGAUGCGCCUGGGCCAAUACCACCAAAGGCGAGUUCUGGGCGAGGCAGCGCAGCAGGAGGAAGCGGUUCAGGCGGCGACGGCGGUGGCAAGAAGCGAAAGGGUGCCGAAAGAGCCCUCGUCAAGCCUUCGAUACCCGAUGUCUACCCGCAAGUCAUGGCGAUACCGCUCGUCAAGCGUCCGCUGUUCCCGGGAUUCUACAAGGCCAUCACAAUUAGAGAUAGAGAGGUUGGACAGGCGAUUGCGGACAUGGUCAAGCGAGGACAGCCCUACAUUGGUGCAUUCAUGUUCAAGGACGAUGGUGCCGACAAGGACGUCAUCCACGAUCCCAGCGAGGUGUACGAUGUAGGCACAUUCUGUCAGGUCACAAGCGCAUUCCCCGUGGGCGCCGAUGACAACUUCGCCAUGACCUGCGUCCUCUACCCGCACCGUCGCAUAAAGAUGACUGGUCUCAAGUCGCCACCGCAAGCGAAGGAGGAGUCAUCUGUGGCUGAAAGCACACUGAGCGAGAGUGCGGAUACCCCCGAGUCGGAGGCAGGCGCAACACAAUCCAAGGGCGAUGUCGUCGCUAGCUUCGAGGAGGCAACAGAAGAGGCCAAGGCGGCCCAGGGAGCGCUCGUACCCACCAUCCUCAAGGGUCGCAAUGUCAGCAUUGCCGAUGUUGAGAAUAUGGUUGAAGAGCCAUUCGAUCUGAAGAGCAACAAGACAAUCCAGGUGCUGGUCAACGAGAUUGUCAACACCUUCAAGGGAGUAGCACUGCUCAAUCCGCUGUUCCGCGACCACGUCUCGACCUUCUCUGUCCAUACCACCAUGAACGUUGGGGAAGACCCUGUCAAACUCGCUGAUUUCGCCGCCGCCGUAGCACAAGCCGAGUCGCAUGAACUGCAGGAUGCGCUUGAAGAGAUGGACAUUGAGAAGCGUCUCAGCAAGGCCUUGGAAGUGCUCAAGAAGGAGCUUAUUAGCGCGGAAUUGCAAAAGAAGGUUGCCGACGAUGUUAAUGCCAGAGUCACCAAGAAGCACCGCGAGUACAUGUUGAUGGAGCAGAUGAAGGGUAUCAAGCGCGAGCUCGGUAUCGAGUCGGACGGAAAGGACAAGCUCAUCGAAAAGUUCAACGAAAAGGCUAACAAGCUGGCUAUGCCCGAAGCCGUGCGCAAGGUCUUCGAAGAGGAGAUGAGCAAGCUACAGGGUCUUGAGCCUAACGGUUCCGAGUUCAACGUCACUCGAAACUACCUUGACUGGCUCACACAGCUACCCUGGGGUCUGCGCAGCGCCGAAAACUUCGGUAUCCAACAUGCGCGAGAGGUCUUGGACGAGGAUCAUCACGGACUGAAAGAUGUCAAGGACCGCAUUCUGGAGUUCAUCGCUGUCGGUAAAUUGCGCGGCACAGUGGAAGGAAAGAUUCUGUGUUUGGUCGGUCCACCCGGUGUGGGUAAGACGUCGAUUGGAAAGUCGAUUGCUCGCGCUCUGAACCGUCAGUACUACCGUUUCAGUGUCGGUGGUAUGUACGACGUAGCAGAGAUCAAGGGUCAUCGAAGGACAUACGUUGGUGCGCUACCAGGACGCAUCAUCCAAGCGCUUAAGAAAUGUCAAACAGAGAACCCCCUUGUUCUCAUUGACGAAGUCGACAAGAUCGGACGCAACAGCAACCACGGCGAUCCAGCAUCAGCACUUCUCGAGCUGCUGGACCCAGAGCAGAACAACAGCUUCUUGGACCACUACCUGGAUGUACCUGUCGAUCUUUCAAAGGUUCUGUUCGUGUGCACAGCCAACAUGGAUGAGACGAUCCCGCAACCAUUGCUCGACCGUAUGGAAGUGAUUCGACUGUCAGGCUACGUUUCAGACGAGAAGAUCGCCAUUGCUGAGAAGUACCUGUCUCCCGCAGCUAAGGAGAUGAGUGGGCUGAAGGACGCCGAUGUCGUUCUCGAGAGCGAUGCGAUUGUUGAGCUCAUCAACAAGUACUGUCGCGAGUCUGGUGUUCGAAAUCUGAAGAAGCACAUCGAGAAGGUGUACCGCAAGUCAGCGCUAAAAAUUGUUACCGAUGUAGGCGAAGAUGCUCUCCCCGAGGCUGCAGCGCUCACUGAAGAGGGCAAGGCUGCGCAAAAGGAGUCAGACAAGGACAAGAGCGAUCUCAAGGAGACACCGGAAAACAUUGAGGAGCAGACCACCGAGAAGCCUCGCGUCGCGCUCAAGAUCCCAGACUCGGUGCACGUCUCCAUCACCAAGGACAACCUGAAGGACUACGUCGGACCCGCCAUCUUCACAUCAGAUCGUCUGUACGACUUUACGCCACCCGGUGUGGCCAUGGGCCUGGCAUGGACGUCGAUGGGCGGUUCAGCGCUCUACAUAGAAUCGAUAGUGCAGAACGCGCUCUCAGCAUCCUCAUCACCCGGUCUUGAACGCAGUGGAUCGCUUCGGGACGUCAUGAAGGAGUCGACCAGUGUAGCCUACUCGUUUGCCAAGAGUAUCAUGGCCCGCGAGUUCCCCAGGAACAAGUUCUUCGAACACGCCAGGAUACACCUUCACUGCCCCGAGGGCGGCACACCAAAGGACGGACCGAGCGCUGGUAUCACCAUGGCGACCAGCAUGCUCAGUCUGGCACUUGACAGGAAGAUCAGGGAUGAUGUUGCCAUGACUGGUGAGCUGACUCUUACCGGCAAGGUGCUGAGGAUUGGUGGACUACGUGAGAAGACCGUUGCUGCACGGAGAGCGGGCGCAAAGACGGUCAUCUUCCCACACGACAACAUGAGCGAUUGGCUUGAGUUGCCUGAGAACAUCAAAGAGGGCAUAGAAGGCCGCCCCGUCCAAUGGUACAAGGAAGUCUUCGACAUUGUCUUCCCAGAUCUCGACAAGGACGUGGCGAACAAGAUGUGGGAGAAGGAGCUCAAGGGAAAGAAGGGCGACCGCAAGAAGCGCGAGCAAAAGAAGAAGGAAGAGGAGGAAGAGGAGUCUGGUGAAGACGACGACUGA